CUAUGGAGUAUCCAGAAUUUUCUCUUGUAAUCCCAACAAAAUACUUACACAAGUUUACCUCUGUAUAUAACCUUCAACACUCUUUAAUUCAUGCACAUUAUGCUGCAGGCCUGUCAAACAUAAAUGUGUGAGCAUGCUUGAGACCUGUGAAAAUGAACAUUCGCUUGAAGAAAAUCUUGGAUGAUCAUUCUUAGAGGUGAACAAGAACGCAGGCGUGUGAUGUGUGGGACACGCACUUCCUCUGGCUCCUUUUCUUCACACUGAUAUGUGCUGGCUGACAAGUGAUUUAGUCAUUUUGCUCCUCACACUUUCACUUGCAGCUGAAGCUGAUAACCAUUAGAUGGCAGUGUGGUCAGUUUGAUCGAUGCUGAGGUUAAGCUCCACGGCCUCCUGUCUGGAAUAUGUUCAUAUGAAGUAAAUGUAGGCACUUUCAUGAGGGUUUCUCUUCGGAAAUGGAGAUGGAUCAGCACCGAACAGCGAAAUCAGUCACAUACCAAUGUCUGUGGAGAUUACGAAAUAUUUUGCACCCGUUUCUUUUCUUUUUUCAAAUAUUGAAUAUCACACAUCUCUGUUUUCAUGACAAGGUCACAACAAAAAAUUGGGCACUCUUAUACUAAUCAAUACCUUGUCAGUAAUGCUACAGCAAUUAUGUUGAUUUAUAGUCUAGAGCGAAUGUAAAAGAGUCCAUUUUUAUAACAUUGCCAGUCGGUUCCCAGAGGUUUUUAUCAGUCCAACAGACUGCUCCAUCUCCCGAUUCUCUUUAUUCUGGUGGAAAUUAAUUAGUCUCGCUCUGAAAGACUACACUCGCUCACACUGUAAAUGGGGUAUUAAGGACAAAAGUCUCAGAGGAAAUCAUCUACACCAAAGAGUAUUGUGUCCACUGGAACAGCUGACUAAUUAGGCUCCACGCAACAGCGGAUAGAAACAUGGAAAUGUUUGUUUGUAAUCACUUUACACAUCUGGGCAAAAGGCUGUUUUGGAACAAACGGUUUAAUGUUUUUUAUGAACUUCUGAAUUUUAUGUAUUUUGGUUUUAUCCCUUUUUUUAUCUGCCUCUAAAGUGAUGACAAAAAUGAUCUGCAUUGAACCAAAAACAGAGGCUGAUGAGGUUUCGAGGAGCUGCCAGUGAGGCUGAAGGAGGGGUUUGUUUUGAUAGUGGUUGCAGCGCGGGUCAGGAAGUGGCAGGCGCCGAAGCUUUUGUGCGUGACAAAUGGCCAGACAGGUGCAGUGAUGGGCCCUCCGUGUUUGGGUGGAGGGCCCCUGAAGGAUUAGCAUAGGGUCCUUUAACCCCUCAGAGGGUGAAACAUGAGAUGUCAGGCCUCAGAGGAAACACAUUUCACAGUUUCAUUUAGCUGCUCAGAUUUAACGUGUUCCUAUUUUACUGCUGUUUGAAUAUAUUUCACUUAUUAUCACGAUUGCAGUUUGAAUGUCGACUGCGCUUGACGACUGCAUAAUAUUUAGAAGCAGCAACAACUGCGAGAUGUACAGGCAGCUGUUCUUCACAGGAAUUUAACAUAUGCUUCUGCCAAUAUGUUGCGUGUGCAUGUGUGCGUGCAUGAGAGAAAGAGAGAGAAGAUAAGAGCCCUGUGUAGACACAAGCUCUGUAAAAUGGUUUUGUCUCCAUGUGAGAAAAACGUGACACUGUCUGACAAUGAAUGUGCAGGUGGUGUUAAUUGUUCCGAGAGUUGAGUGUGUGGGGCGUGCGCAGUUUUGUCAUGUCUAAUCUGAGCGUGUGUACUCUAUGUGUGUGCUGAGGAUGUGUUUGACUUGGUGGGAAGUGGAUAAAGAGUCUGUAUGUGUGUGUGUGUGUGUGGGUUUGCAAGGGGGAGGGAGUGACUAUCGUGUGUGCCUGCUUCACUGAUCCCCUCUGGCAGAGAGGGAGACAGAGAGAGGGGAGAGCAAACGCUCUAGCUCUGUAUGAGAGGGCUGUGUGUGAGCUCAUGUGAGUGUAUGAACAGGGCAUGAUAAAUCCUCUGGAAAAAAGACGAGCGAUUAGUAAGAAUAGCGCAAAAAACGGGGACCACAGCGAAAUGGCAAGAAAAGGACACGAACCCCUGCUUUGGAUUUUAUAGAAGGAGCACAGCUUGGCAGAUAGUAGUUUUAGAUGUAUGUGAGCAUUGAGAAUAAUCAUUUAGGAAGGUAGUGAGGAUCAGAAUUUGCCCUUUGGAGCUCCAGACCUUCCUGGAUAGUGUCAAAAUUUAAGGACAUGCUGGAGUUGAUGCACAGGAAUGAAGGAACAAAGAUGCUUUUUCUAAGCAGCUGAGACCUGGUCUCUUGGGUCGCUUACUUUCACAACAGCUCUCUGCCCACUACUAAAGAUCAGCAAGGUUACUUCCAGAGGGUGGCUCCGCUGAUUUAACUCCAGCCAUGCUCUGUGGUCUGAGGAGAGACACCAAGAACAGCAUUGAUGAAGGACCAUACUCAAAGGGAAGCAAAGAGCCCGGGGCAACUGACCAAUCACAUUCGUCCCGGAGGCGCAGCCUUUCAGCAGAAGAGUAUCGAGGAGUGACCACCGUGGAUCUGAUGAAAAGGGAAGGCAGCAGCCUUGGCCUCACCAUCUCCGGAGGUUCUGAUAAGGAUGGCAAGCCCAGAGUGUCAAACCUACGGCCAGGUGGGCUAGCUGCCAGGAGUGACCAGCUGAAUGUAGGAGACUACAUCAAGUCAGUGAAUGGCAUCAAUCUGUCAAAGCUUCGUCACGAUGAGAUUAUCAGCCUGCUGAAGAACAUUGGGGAGCGAGUUGUACUGGAAGUGGAGUAUGAACUGCCUCCAUUUGUCCAGAACCCCUCAGGAGUCAUAACCAAAACCAUCGAGGUGUGUUUACACAAGGAGGGCAACAGUUUUGGUUUUGUCAUGAGAGGAGGCUUCCAUGAAGACUGGCGCAGAUCUCGUCCUCUGGUGGUGACCAGCGUCAGGCCUGGGGGUCCGGCUGAUAGAGAGGGCACUAUUAAGGCUGGAGACCGAGUAUUGAGCAUAGAUGGGAUGCCUUUGAGCCGGGAGAGGCACGCUGACGCUUUGACCAUGUUAAUGCAGAGCGGCCAGGAAGCUCUGUUCCUGAUUGAGUAUGACGUCUCUGUCAUGGAGGCAGUGCAGCAAGCCUCGGGCCCUCUGCUGGUGGAGAUAGUGAAAGGCCCCUCUGCCAGCCUGGGGAUCAGCCUCGCCACGGCAGUCUACAGGAACAAACAAGUUAUUAUUAUCGACAAGAUAAAAGCAGCCAGUGUGGUGGAAAGGUGUGGAGCGCUGCAUGUAGGUGACAUCCUCCUGUCCAUAGACGGGACCAGCACAGAGCACUGCUCUCUGAUGGAGGCAGCACAGCUACUCGCCAGCACCUCUGACAUUGUCAAACUGGAGAUUCUUCCAGCCAGCCAGAGCAGACUUCCCAUCAGGCCGUAUGACACAGUAAAAGUGCAGAAAAGCAACCAUCAUCACUGGGACCAAAGCGGCAACUACUGCCAUCCCCCACAUGCCAGCCACAGCAAGACAUGGAGCAGCCCAAGCCACCCACACAACCAGCAGGACCACUGCAAAUCUCUGGUGAGUGGUGGCUUCUCCCCUUCCUCCACAGCCACCUCAGGCUUCAGCAGCCAGGGUAGCAACACGCUACCCUGCCCCGUCCUUCCCAUCACUCCCACCAGCCCUCGCAGCUCCACCGGCAAGAGGAGGAACAGAAAGAAGGACCACAAGAGCUCAUUAUCUUUGGCAUCGAGCUCUGUCGGCCCGGGGGGGCAGGUUUUUCAUGUGGAAACGAGCGAGGUCAUCCUGAGGGGGGAUCCACUCACAGGUUUUGGGAUCCAGCUGCAGGGAGGUGUCUUUGCCACAGAAACCCUAUCCGCUCCCCCGGUCAUCCGCUUUAUUGAGCCCGACAGCCCAGCUGAGAGGUGUGGGCUGCUGCAGGUCGGCGACAGAUUGUUGUUCAUUAAUGGGAUCCCAACUGAAGAUGGCACUUUGGAGGAAGCUCAUCAGCUGCUCAGAGACUCUGCUCUGGCUAACAAGGUCACACUGGAGAUUGAGUUUGAUGUUGCAGAGUCGGUGGUUCCCAGCAGCGGCACCUUCCACGUUAAACUCCCCAAACGGCGAGGGAUGGAGCUGGGCAUCACCAUCAGUGCGAGUAAAAAACCUGGCAAGCCCCUCAUCAUCUCUGACAUCAGGAAAGGAAGCAUUGCGCACAGAACAGGCACUCUGGAGCCCGGAGACCGGCUGCUGGCCAUCGACUCGGUGCGUCUGGAGAACUGCACAAUGGAAGACGCGAUGCAUGUCCUGGAACAAGCAGAAGAUAUGGUCAAACUCCGAAUCCAGAAAGAUGAGGACAACAUUGAUGAGUUGGAAAUGUCAGGCUCCAUAAUCUACACAGUUGAGUUGAAGAGAUACAACGGACCACUGGGCAUCACCAUUUCUGGCACAGAGGAGCCCUUUGAUCCCAUCGUCAUUUCUGGCCUCACCAAGAAAGGCCUGGCUGAGAGGACUGGAGCCAUCCAUAUAGGGGACCGAGUCCUAGCCAUCAAUGGUGUCAGCCUGAAAGGAAAGCCACUGAGUGAGGCCAUUCAUCUCCUGCAGAUGGCCGGGGAGUCAGUCACCCUCAAGAUCAAGAAACAAGCUGAUCAGUCUGACGGCCGGCGGCCUUUAGAAAGAGAAGCUGCAUUUUUGAGCGACACAGAGGAUGACCUGACAGACUCCCAGAAGACCAGUAAACACUCAGAGCUCUACUCUGCCACUGUACCCAGUAUAGACUCUGCCAUGAGCUCCUGGGAUAGCUCGGGGUUUGAUGCAGGCUACAGUAGCCAAGGGACAUAUCUUCACAAAGGAUCCGAUAUACUGCUCAACCCAAAUGAGUGGAGGCGCACAAAACACAGGAGCCAAACCACUUCCAGUUCUGCAGGCCUAGUCCACCACACCUCAUUGUAUGAUGGGAGAUUCACAGAGGAUGAGUGGGACAAGAUACCUGGAUUUGUCAGCCCCCCUCGUUGCCAUGGCACCCUGAACCAGGAUGACAGCUUCUGGUCCCAGGCUCUGCAGGACCUCGAGACCUGCGGCCAGUCGGAGAUUCUCAGGGAGCUGGAGGCAUCCAUGACAGGUAGCGCUCUUAGUCUGUACCUAGAUGAGACCAAAACAAAUGAAGACUCAGUGUUUCCCUCUGAAAUAAGUCCAAUCAAGAGGGAAGGAAGCCAUGGAGAAACUAUAAACAAAAGCAAACUGAACAUGUCAACUGGAGUCGGAGAGGUUUCAUCCAGGGUCAAAGGCGACAACUCUGAAAAUUUGCUCCCUACAGCUCUGGCACUGCACAAGGUGACUAUAAGAAAGGAUCGUGAAAGCCGUGACUUUGGUUUCAGUGUGUCAGACGGGCUGCUGGAAAAGGGUGUCUACGUGAAUAUGAUCCGGCCUGAUGGCCCAGCUGACCAAGCGGGGUUGAAGCCUUUUGACCGCAUUCUUCAGGUGAACCGUGUAAGGACCAGGGACUUGGACUGUUGUCUAACUGUGCCCUUAAUUAUGGAGGCCGGAGACAGCCUGGAAUUGGUCAUUAGCAGGAAUCCACUGGCAGCAGCAGACGCGGAGCUGCCAAACGACUGUGACGACCCCUCAAACUCACUGUUCUGCUUCCCCAACCACAGGAACAACAUAGUUGCCCUCUGACCACAAAGAGAGAUUCUAACUCUGCAGUGUAGGGGACCUCUCUUAAAAACACACACACACACACCACGUGGUUAAGCCUGUCACAUUGUACCUCUCAGACACACCUUCACACUCAUUUUCAGCACGCAUCCACAGACUCGACCACUUUCUUCCCCUGAAAGCAUCGCUCUCUGUCUCACAAAGUCACAAGUGCAUGUGUUCACAAUUGCCAGUUUUAGUCACUGUUCACAUGAUGCAGUUCAGGGGAGGCUCUGGCUUAAGGGCAGACUCCCCCACCCAUUCCACCUCCACAGGCAAAGCCAUAUGCAGGCUUAUAUAACAGGGGAGUCAUAGUGUCUGACGGAGCCAGGAUGUCAAAUACACAAGCCUCGACUCUAGAGAGGCUCGAAUGCUGAAUGCAUUCACUGCACAAGUUACCUUUUUCUUUAAUAGGUUUUCUCAUUCAAGGACCAAAAACCUAGCUCUAUUUUUCAUUUACACAUUUGCAAAUAGAAGCCCCGAAUGCAGUAUUUCAUGUGCAUGUAAAACAGUCAUACAGAGACACAAGGGUGCGAGUAGGCUCAAGAUUCAAGGAAUGUUGCACCUAUUUGAGUUAUUUCACCCAUGACUUGGCUCACUGCCCUCGUUUCCAGUCUCUACUCCACACUGCCUGCCCUAGAGAUGGGACAGUGCCUCCAAAUAGACAGAAUGCUGUCUGAUACUUGUGAGUAUCAUUAGCCACAUUUUAAAUUCCCUUAUAUGUUAAUGUCACAAAUUCAUAGAAAGGCACUUAAUUCUUACAGUUUUUAGUCAUUUCAUUGCUUCCGAAUCACCCUAGAUAUCAUGCUAGAUAUAUAUAUAUAUUUUUUCUGUUGACAGAUUUUCAGUUUCACAACAUUUGCAUUUCUUUUUUUGUGGCACCACAUUUGCACCAUUUCACUUUUAAGAGUUCCUGUGUUCACAUUUUUCAUGUUACUGUAUGACUGCUUUGCUUGUGGCAUUGCACCAGAAUGACUUGGGCACUGAUGCUUCCUCAAGUGAAUUACACCUUGUUCCAAAAUGGAGGCUGAAAAGCGUUUCAUUCAUCUCACUCAGCUGGCUAUCAGGUUAUUUUUCUCUGAAGUUCCUACCAAUAUGUGUGAGCAUGUUAAGCAUGCAUAUGACUUGUUUGGCGAGUAGGUCACUCCAUAAUAAGUAUUGGAGUGUUCUCAGUUUCCUUCAGCAGGAUCAUGAGUGCUUAUCAUCAUGACACUGUUUUUAUAAAAGCCUCUGUGAAGGAAAUGUGACCUGCUGAUUAAGCAGACUGCCUGGAAACAAGCAUUUGUUUCAUUUGGUGCGUUUGGCUCAUGUGAACGUGUUUUGAGUUGGUCUGUAGGUUUCUCUUAACGGGAAGGUGCAACUGAGUCAUCUGUGAGGCUGUAACCUCUUGAUUUAAAUUAAAUGUCAUAUUUUUACAGUGGCCUAUUUUUAAGGUUUUACAGUAAUUUAUGCGUUGCCCCUUUUUAUUAUAGCGUAAAAUGUCAUGUAUGCAGUACUUUAUUUUUAUUGACAUGCACAUCGCAUGGUGUCUUGAUGUAAGCUGUGAUGCUGAAUGUGGAUUUUUUUUUUUUUUUUUUUAAACAUCUACACCCUCACCGAAUAUGUCAGGAAUCAUUUCAUAAGAACUUGAAAAAUUUAUUGUAUAUUUUAUUUUUGUUAUUUAAUUUAUUAAGUAAGAAAUGUAUUUCUUUUUAUGACAAUAAAGUUAUGAGAUUACAGUUGACUGA